AUUGUGUACGGUUUUUGUGCGCCGAUUGUUAUCAAUAACUGCGGUUACGCCAUCCCCAACAGCAAGAGCAACAACAACGAAAACAACAAUCGGCUACGUUAAGUCGCCGACGUAACCGACAACAACAACAACAACAACAAUACAUUUGUUUGUGUAAGAGUGUUUGUGCAACUCUGCUGCCGGACAAUGCCAGGCGCGCAAGUGAUGCGGUAACUCUCCCAAUCAGUCACAGCGGGAGCAUAUUCAGCGAAAGAGCAAAAAAAAAAAAACACCACAACUACAACAAAAAGGCACAUAGCAACGAGAUCGAAGGCAGCAAAUCAUUAACGCAAACAAUUAAGCGCACAAGCACGUACUCAAGCCUAAUCCCAGGCGUUUGAGCAGAAAGCCGACAAAGAAUAAACAACUUCGGCCAGAAAUACCACACACACACACACAAACACUGCGUUACAUAACGCGCGCCAGUUACGCCCUAGGUUAUACGGGCUAAGGCGCUUUAUUCGAGUAAUCCUGCGGGCGGUUGUWGAGCUCCGGUGCCCUGUGCGCGUCUCACCCAAAAAAUACGCGCMAAAGAUAUUUAAGCUAAAAUUCCAGAAAUAAAUCCAUCAGCGCAUUGGAAUUUCGUAAAGACCCAUACACGCACACACACACACACACACAUACAUACAUAUACGCAAUUGUGUGACGCACACUUGAAAUUCCAGCAAUUUCAUCGUUUUUCGUUCCUCUGGUUUACCGUUAAGUUUCCAUCAUUGCGUUUUUAUAUUUUGCACCCACGUGCCCCGAGCACAACCACCAUCCGCACCAGUUGCAGCAGCAGCAGCAGCAGCCGCAUACGCAGCAGAAGGUUGUGCUCUUGCCAUCGCCGGCGACCCACCUCUACUCACCGCAUCCGCACAGCGGCGCACACACCUACAGCGCCGGCAACACCUGUGACGCCGAGACGUUGGCAUACGCGAGCAARGCAGCCGCUCUGACGGCCAACCACAGCUUAAGCAGCAGCAACAGCGCCGCCAGCAGUCCCACCAACAGCUUCUACAAGCAUCACACGACGUCGUCGUCACAUUUCCUCAACGUCGGCGACACCAUGAAGCUGUCAAAGCUGUCUAAUCAGACGAACUCGCAGGAUCCGCAGGCGGUGAAUUCGCGCAUUUUUGUGGGCAAUUUGAAUACGUUCCAGUGCUCGAAAACGGAUGUGGAACGWAUGUUCCAGAUAUAUGGUCGGUUGGCGGGCAUAUCGAUGCAUAARGGUUACGCUUUCGUGCAGUUCACAAAUCCCUUCGAUGCACGCAACGCUUGCCACGGCGAAGACGGACGCACUGUGCUAAGUCAGACAUUGGAUGUCAAUAUGGUCGCCGAACCCAAACCACACCAAAUUGGUAGAAAACGACAGAAUGUGUCCAAAACCGGAAAUGACUGGGACUACUUCUAUGACAGCUACUGCUCGUCGACGCUGCUGCGCUCAUCCGGUGUCCGUCCGAAGAAGCGUAAACGCCUAAUGACAUCCACGUCGCGCUUGCUCAGCGAUGCGGUGAAUAGCAGCAACAUAAAUGCCGCUGUCGCUGCCGCAGCACUGGCCCAACAACACCAACAACAGCUGCACCAGCAGCAACAGCAACAACAACAGCAGCAGCAGCAGUCAACACACUUGUUGCCCCAUCCACAUCAUCAGCAUCAUGUGCAACAGCAGCAAGCGCAUAAUCACCAUCAACAACAACAACAGCAGCACCAGCACCAGCAUCAGCAGCAGGUGGCCGCCGUCGCCAUGGCUGCCAUGACAGCCAACCUCUUGCCACAGCAACAAUUGUUGCUACAUCAGCAUCAGCAGAGCUUGCUGGGCAAUGCCACCGCUGCCGCGGCCGCCGCGGCUGCUGCUGCCGCCACAUGCAAUGGUGUUGCUGGCAGUGCGAGCGGCGCCAACACACCCACCAACGCCGCCGCGCAUCACAGCCUCAGCGUCUAUUUGCAACAACAACAGCAGCAACAGCAACAACAACAGCAGCAGCAGAUCAAACAACAGCAACAAGCGGCAGCGGCUGCGGCCGCUGCGGCAGUUGGUCAAUACACACUGACCGCGACGGGUGGCUUGCAAUURAAAACGUCGCCAACCGUGCAGAAUGCCACAUCAGCAAUAAUUGCCGCCGCUAAUCAAACAACGUUGUUGAAUGGCGCUGGUGGUACUGGAGCGGCUGGCCUCAAUGGUGUUGGUAGUGGUGGUGGUGGGGCCAAUGAGCAGCUGUCAACAGCAGCCACCAACUUUGGCAGCUUGGCAAAUGGCCAAACGCAGCAACAACAACAAGCGUCGUAUAUUGGUGGUGCCUUGCCACCAUUGACAUUGUCGCUGCCUGGCAUGCAGCAGUCACAGCAACAACAACAGCAACACCAACACAAGUCAUCACUUUUGCAAAAGCAAACACAACAGCAACMGCAACAACAACUGCUGCCGCAGCAACAAGAGCAAUUAAGUUCGAAUCAACAAUGGGGACCGUUCAAAGUUUACAGCAAUCCGGACACAUUAAUUUGCGGCAAUUGUCGGGAAUGCUUCAACGAGCUGGCUGAAUUAUUAGACCACAAGCGGAGUUAUUGCAAGUUGCGUUUCACUUGCAAGUGCCAGGAUGUUGCCUUUGCUGCAAAAACACCGCCGAUGAGCGCCAAACUGUUAUGUGCCGUUUGCAAGGAUGCCUUCGCCAAUCCUUGGGAUCUGAUGGUGCACGCACARGCUGCGCACAUGGUCAACAUUUACGAAUUGGGCAAUGAGGCUAAUAACAAUUAUGCCACCGCCGAUUGUGCGGAGGCUAUUGUCGCUGYCAAUGCCAACAACAACAACAGCAACAGCAAGAAUAUUAAUGUUAAUACAGUCACAUCGUUGUCCACCACUGCCAACAAUAUUAUCAACGCGGCGGUUGUGGACUACCCCUCGGAGGAUGAGGUAGUUAUCGAAUUCUCUCCCUCAGAGUUGACCGAUGCGAUCACCGAUGACUAUCUUUUCGGUGGUGUUUUCGGACUCUUGAAGCCAACCAUCAAGGCUGGUCUGCGCACUCUCAAGGGUGUACAUUGCACCAUCGAGCGGGUGAUCAGUAUUCGCGCUGCUAGCUUUGGUUUCAUUCAAGCCUUCAAGGAUUGCAAUAGCGCCGCUUUUAAGGACUUGAACAAUGUGAUUAAUCAAGUACAAACUGUGGUGAAGACCUGCAAUGAUAUUAUUAACCUGAAUGAGAAUGUCUGCAAUAAUGCUGACUAUAACGCCGAAGCUGAUGCUAAUAMGAAGUCAUCGAAAUCUUGUUUCAGUAAGUUGGUGAGCAAGAUGGUAACCCUGAAGAAGCAGGUGGGCAACACUAUUACCCUCUCGAUGAAGUUGUCCUCCACACCGGGUGCUUAUGGCGCUUGCAAUGUGGACGCUUCUGCUCACUCUCUGCAGGAAACUCAGCACUCACCAUUGGAUGGCCACRCCACAAUCUUGGCACACAACCACCAAGCAGAUGAUGUCAAAAUGUUGAAUGGUUCGGUGUCGUCGCGUGGCAGUUCGCCAGCUUUGGAGCAUGAAGAACAAGAGCAGCAAACGCAGAAGCCACAACCCGCUUGCAUUGUGCGCACACUGAGCAUUGAAGCGGCGACCACACCGASUACAACUGCCAACUUGAUGGCCGGCACUCUGGCUUUAAGCCUUACAAAUGGCGUUGGCAAUGCCGCCACAACAGCAGCAGCGGAAAUCAAAUAAAUAACAACAACAUUGGCAGUAAUCGCGUGACUUAUAUAAUACCAUACAUACAUAAACAUAUAACCCAGCAACACGAACAAAAGUCAAAUUAAAAUGGAUGCGCGUCUGGUUGCACAUGGCGUAUGAGUGACGCAUAGGAUAUUACAGCUGCCGUACAAGUCACAUACUUAUWCAUACACAUUUAAUAUAUGAAAAGCAUGUGUGACUCGUUUGCGGUAGGUGGAAUGUAUACUUAUAUUGUUAUGCAAAUUUGAUGGCGAUUGAAAAAUUAGCAGUAAACUUGAUUUCUCUUUGUGUCCUUUUUUAAUAAAACGAAUAUUUUUGUGAAAAAAAAAAUAUUAAUAAUAGUGAAACGUGUAAGCACAAACCAAAAUUAGAAAAUUAAGUAUUGUACAAUAUUUUAAGCUGCCUUGGUAUUGUAUAUUGCCACAUUUAGAAGGAGGAAGUUGAUUUUAUAAGGAAGAGAAAAUAAAAAAAAAAAUUAUUUACUUUUAAUGCUCGUAAUGAAUAGUUUUAAAAUCACAUUAAAAUACAUUUUGAARGCCCUUGUACAUAGAUUGUUUAGCCCAAACAUCUGACGGAGGGUAGUCACAAAUAUAAUAUUUUCCUCUUGGCAAAACCUACCGUUUGAUCAAAAUUAACUUGGACUGACAAAAAAAAACUCUACUUUCACGUACUUUAAUUAAUUUUUUUAUUAUUGUCUUCAAAAUAGGCUCUUGAUAUACAUUCGUUAUAAGCCUUGUAUGAUGGCUUCCGUGCCUUUAUCGAAUUUAUUCGCUAGUAAUACUUUCUAUACAAUCAUCAUCGAAUAACCGCCCAACGCCAACGCAAGCCGUCCGCUUAUCGCACGGUGCACAGCCUUGUCCGUUUGGGUCUCACUUCCCAUCCCUGCUCUCUCUCCGGGAGACUGUGAGACGUCCGCCCUAACGUAGGUUGAGAGGACAACACACAUUGUCUCAAAGCCGUAGCUGAAAAUGUCGAUGACAGAACCGUUGACCUCUUCGUUCAGAAGAAUCAGUGCCUAUAUUCUCUCGAGCCUUAUCACCCCCAGGACGCGAGUUGGCCGAGACGGCUUGCUGUAACGCAAAAUGUCAUCUAUUUUCGUAGAUAGACGGAUCACCUUUAUGGAAAUCGCGGAUAUAACCGCUGCUAUCUAUUUCAACUUCUCGCGGAGGAUGCUCUUAUAUUCUGUACUACUAUCACAUAGACCCAGUUCUAUUGAGUCCGCUUGGUUAGUGAUUUCGUUGAACGCUGGUGCUCCGAUGCGAUGCUCAUUACCCAGAGGGGAUUUCCUUACGUACCACCUCUGCGACUUAACUAUAAGCUGGGACUCGUUAGAGCUGGCUGAAAUGCCGUCCUUGCCACCCCUAAGUACCAUUUUAGUCCACUCAAUAGUCGCAGCCUGCUGCCCAGAUUCGUAAACAGUCAACCCGCUACCAUAGCGAGCUAUUAGCUAAUAUAUGGCGGUCCAACUUCAACUGCCUUGCUGUUGUCGCCUGAGUUAUACCCUGGCUUUUAACCCCAAAUAUAUAGUACCAUGAAUAAGGCAGAAAUUCGCCUCGCGCCUCAUCUCUGCAGACAGGUUUCUGUUUACUGGCUUACUAUUACUAGUCGGUAAUGGCGUUUUCAGAAGAAAAGUUUUUUUCGUUCUGUCGUGGAGAACGAUUCCUUGGCCACCGGCGACCAACCCAGAACAUCUGCCAGGGUUUAGUAUGGAAUACAUUGACUGUCAAGCUGCCGGGGUAGCAUGGUCCGGGUUAAAUGCGAGGUCAAGGUUCUUUGGGAAUAUUCGCAGUCCGUAAAGGCUGGCGGUCAUUUAGCGUUAUUCAACCUUUGAUCCCAACUUUAUGGGUAUAUAAUCCACAUUUUCGAAAUGCAAAACUAACUUUUUUGUUUGGUUCUUGCCUUCACAGCGUUCUUAGCACUUUUUGACCAUUUUUACGUUCUCAGCCUCAAAGUCAAAUUUACAGUCACUAAGUGACUAUUUUUUCUUCUUAGAAGAAAAUUAGUUUUCUCAAUAUACAAAGAAGUCAUAUAAAG